UACCAAUGUCAAUAAGAUACUAUUCCCUCUUAAACUUUUUUACUAUAAUGAGUAGUUGUUGAGCGUGUUUUCCUGCAACCAUUUUCUUCCUUCCUCGGUUGAUUGAUUGGUGAUGUUGCUGGUGCCCCCAGAAGAAGGGGUAGUGUUGGAAUAUUAUUAAGCUUUGAACUUUGAAGUUGUGGCAGAAAUCAUUGACCCUUUUUGAGAGACUUACUUACUUGUGGUCCAAAACUGCUGAUGGCAACUGUUCAGUGGUCACAGGAAGCACCCUCCAAAGCCAGCAUUUAAAACCUUUCAUCCUCUUCAUCUCUCUUCUUCACCCUUCUGUUUUAUUAACAAUUCAAUAAGAGGAGAAAGAACACUCAGUUUAAUUAGCAAUGGAAUUGAAGAAGCAUUUUCUUUUAUGCCAAGAAGGAAUUGGAUGCUGAUAAGUGGUAUCGAUUGAUCUGUUAUUUUCUGUGGGAGACUGAGAAACGAUGCCAAGCCAGCUAUGGUUUUCUCUGCCAAUGAUUUACAAGAAUGGAAAGAUUUUCCCAAAGGGCUCAAGGUUCUUCUCCUUGAGAGAGACAACAUUUCUGCUGCCGAGAUAAGGGCAAAGCUUGAAGCCAUGGACUACAAUGUUUCUACAUUCUGUGAGGAGAAUGAAGCCUUGUCAGCAAUCUCAAGUGGACUCGAAAGCUUCCACAUUGCCAUAGUGGAGGUGAGUUCAAGCAGUGGCCAGGGAGGUUUCAAAUUUCUUGAGAAUGCCAAGGACUUGCCAACCAUUAUGACUUCAAACAAUCAUUGCUUGAACACCAUGAUGAAGUGCAUAGCGCUUGGUGCAGUUGAGUUCCUCAGAAAACCACUAUCUGAGGACAAGCUCAGAAAUAUCUGGCAGCAUGUGGUUCACAAGGCAUUCAAUGCCAGGGCAAGCAUCCUGUCUGAAUCACUUAAACCUGUCAAAGAAUCUGUAGUGUCCAUGUUGCAGCUCCAAACAGACGAUGAACAACAUGAAAGUAGAGUAUCCAGGGAUAUAGAGAAAGUAUCCCGCUUUGUUGAUAAUGAUCAUGAGUUGUCUUCUGGAAAUGAUAAAUAUCCAGCUCCUUCAACCCCACAAUUGAGACAAGGGACGAGAUUGUUGGAUGAUGGUGAUUGCCAAGAGCAGACUAAUUGCUCCACAGGAAAAGAAAGUGGGGAACAUGAAGGAGAAUCUAAAUCUGUCGAAACUACAUGUGGUAAUUUGAAUGCUGAAAGUACUCCUCAACAAAGGAAAUCUGAAAUUACUUUGGUUAGGGAGGAAGUUGAAAGUACUCCUCAACAAAGGAAAUCUGAAAUUACUUUGGUUAAGGAGGAAGUGGAUAUUGUUGAUGCUUCCAAGGGUGAGAGUGUUGCUUCUCCACAUACACAAAAAAGAAAAGUUCUAAGCAACACUGACAGAAAUACAAAAGCUUUAAUCAAAGUAGGUGUUCAUAGUGAUUCAUGUGAGAUAAGAGGAAAUCAGAAAAAGAUAAAAGUAGACUGGACACCUGAGCUGCACAAAACGUUUGUGAAGGCAGUGGAGCAACUAGGCAUUGAUCAAGCCAUUCCUUCUCGAAUAUUGGAAUUAAUGAAAGUGGAGGGCUUGACAAGGCAUAAUGUGGCAAGCCAUCUCCAGAAGUAUAGAAUGCAUAAGAGACAAAUCUUGCCCAAGGAAGAACGAAAAUGGUUGAAUCUAAGAGAAAGGAGCUAUUGUGUUAAAAGACCAAUUAUGGCAUUUCCUCCAUAUCAUUCUAAUCACACCCUUCCUCUGCCUCCUGUAUAUCCUAUGUGGGGACAAUCUGGCAGUCCAACGGCUGGCAUGCAGAUUUGGGGCUCUCCAGGUUAUCCCUUUUGGCAUACUACUGCUGAAAAUUGGCACUGGAAACCAUUUCCAGGGAUGCAUGCAGAUGCAUGGGGCUGUCCAGUGUUACCAUUACCACCUCCUCAAACUCCUGGUUUUCCCUACUCUCAGAAUAUGCCUUCGUUGCUCAAUGCUGAUGCAGUGGAUCACACAUUUACCAUGCCACAAAGUUCCUUCGAGCAUUAUCCGGCAGAGGAGGUAGUUGACAAGGUGGUGAAAGAGGCAAUAAGCAAACCAUGGCUACCCUUGCCCUUGGGUUUGAAACCUCCUUCCCCAGAUAGUGUGUUGGCUGAGCUAUCCAGGCAAGGCAUUUCCAACAUCCCUCCAAAGGGUUCAAAUUCAUGCUGACCUGGAUGCAUGCACCAAAGAGAGUGGUUCUGAUGGUGACCAACUACAAAAGGGUUCCACCUGAUCAAACACCCUGUUGCAAUUAUUUUUGUUUUCUCUAAGUGUAUGAGGUUCCAACUUGUAGUUUGAGUGGGAAUAGGAGUUGUUGGAGUUGGGACCAUUUUGUUUUGUUUAUUUGGUCCCACCAAACCAAUUUUAAGGUCUCUCCUAUGCUGUUGUCAGCUCGUACGUACAAUACUCACUUACCAUGAUGCAACAACCAAAGUAUUAGUAGACAUUGUUCCUAUCCGAAGCCACAUGCCAAAACAAGGCAACAAAUAAUAAAUGAUGAGAAAAGUCAGCUUCUGCUUUUAAUGCAGUGCAGGACACCCGUUAGGCAAAUUGGCCGGUUGAGAAUUGGCCACGCAUCUCUUGAUGCUUCUCUACACAAAUUUUUGUGGUUGUAAAUACUUGCUGAUGUGUGCAAACUUUAACGGGGAUAUGAUAUUGUUGUAAAUGUGGAGCUUUUGGGGGGCAUAAAGUAUACCCUUAACAGUGAUUUUGAAGGGAGAGAAGGGGGGUCUCGUUUUGUGUCGUUGAGUGUGGGGUGCCUAAUAAUGAUGGAGAGGAUAGGAUACACUUUGUGAAUAAAUAUGAGUACACUCGACUUUGACGGAUGCUAACUCUUCUUGAAUUUGUUAGGAUGUUUGCUCAAUUUAGAAUUGACUUGUUUAUUCUUCAA